AGACGCUGUCAACAGAUUUAAAAACAUUCAGAACGACUGGAACAAAUUUUCUAUUUUACAGAAUGCCAUUUUGCUUUGGAGGAAGAUACUAAACCACAGGAUCCAACGCUAAGUCCUAGAAGCCGGACUAUAUGCGUUUAUUUUCCGGCUCUCUUGUUGGCUUUGAGUGCAACAUUUGAUUGCCGAAGGUGUCGUGUUGACAUCACGUGAUUAGGACUUUUCGCGGCUUCUGAUGGCACUUCCUGAUCAACUGCUGAGUUGAAGAUAUAGUCAUCUUAACCUCUGGAGCUUUACGGAUUCUAAGGAAUGCCUCCCAAGAAAAGGCCCAGAGUUGGCAAAAGAUCAGAAAGUUCAGGCAAAAGUGAUGAUGCAGUUGGGCCGUCUGCAGCAGGCAGGAAGAGAAAAGCUGCAGCAGGAGAUGGUUGUGAGUCAGCAGGCGUGCCAGUUUACAGCCACUGGCUGAUGAAGUCUGAGCCAGAGAGUCGCUUUGAGAACGGCGUCGACGUGAAGUUUGGUAUUGAGGAUCUGAAGGCUCUGCCUGAUCAGACCAGCUGCUGGGAUGGUGUCCGCAACUAUCAGGCUCGUAACUUCAUGAGGCAGAUGAAGGAGGGGCAGCUGGCUUUCUUUUACCACAGCAACUGUAAGGAACCGGGGGUUGCAGGACUCAUGAAAAUAGCGAAGGAAGCUUACGUGGACCACACACAGUUUGACAAGAAAGACGUGCACUACGACGUGAGCAGCAAACCAGACAACCCCAAGUGGAGCAUGGUAGAUGUUCGGUUUCAAAGGAUGAUGAAGCGUUUUGUUCCUCUGUCGGAGCUGAAGAAGCACCACCUGCAGCAUCGUGCUGAUGGAGGGCCUUUAAAGGACGUGGCGCUGUUCACCAGAGCCAGGCUCUCCGUUCAGCCUCUCACCUCUGAGGAGUUUGACUUUAUCCUGAGUUUGGAGGUCAAAGAGCCACACUGAAGAUUGAUUUCACGAUGCUAUAAAAUCAUCGAAGCAACAUGCAACUGUUGCAUUCUUAUUUUUAGAGCAUUAAAUGCAUCAGCGAUGAAUCUGA